UACAGACCCUGAAGCAAAUAUAUCCAAGUCCACGUUUCAGUCAAGACACCUUGUGAAUCAGUCAAGACACCUUGUGAAUCAGUCAAGACACCUUGUGAAAAACAUGGCUACUCCACAGAAUAUACCAGAGGAAGAGCUCCUGUACUACAAGGGAUUAUAUAUUUUGCAAAAGGCUAUCAUCCCUGAACUACGUCGGCUGUUUAAAUUGUUUUGGCAACGGAGGGAGGGUAAUCCAUGGCAGGACCAAACCUCAGGGAAAUUGUUUUUUAAAAAAUACAGACCCAAGGCAACAGGCAAACAAUAUGAUGACAGGAUUAAAACUGGCAAUGUGGACGACUGGAAUUUGACUCUUUUGUGUAGAGCGUUUAUUGACUAUACCCUCGAGGAAGACGAUGUCAGGAAGCACAGAUUCAACGUCUUUAGAGAAUUGCAGAACGUAUAUUCUCAUAAAACCAGGUGCAGUCGGGAAGAAUAUGAAGAGCAUAUACGUCAAAUUAGGUUGGCAUUCAGGCGCCUGCAUCUGAACGAGGCGGACUUGACUCAGGCUGAAGAGAUCGAACCAAAUGAAACAGAGCGCCAAGAGCUUCUGAGUGAAAUACAGUUACUGAAUCAGGAACGGGACAAGUUUGCAGAAGAAGUGUUCAACAAACUCUUUGCAAGCGACCGAGAUACUCCAGAUAAAAGAUAGUCCCCAAUUCUUGGUAUUUGGUCGGGUUUCACUUUUCUCCAUGAGGUGAGGUGAGGUGAAUUGGGUUUAACGUCG